CAGCUAGGGAAGGAGAGAAGGAUUCUAGUUAGGCAAGCAAUACAUUGGGCUGAAAAAGCUACAGACUGUGAUGAAGCAUAGGAGGUGAAUGCAGGAAGCAGAAAAGAAUGGCAUUCAACACAACGUGGCUGCUGCACCGGAAAUAAAGUUGCUAAACUGAGUAUCCUACCAGAGAACAUGCCAAUGACGUGUAUAGCAUACGGCUGUAAUAACCGGUUUUACAAAGGAUGUAAAAAGCAGUUUUUCAGGUUUCCGUUGAAAGAUCGUAAACGGCUUUAUGACUGGAUCGCCGCAAUUCGACGAAAGAACUGGAUGCCUUCAGAUACCAGUAGAAUCUGCAGUGAUCACUUUACACAUGAUGAUUACAUGUUGCGCCCAGGAGCACAGAUUCCUCGGCUGAGACUAGAUGCUGUGCCUUCUGUAUUUGAUGGCUUUCCAGAUGAUUUGAAAGAACGGCUUAAAAGAGAAAAAGAGGAUAAGGAACAAAAGAGAAAAGAAGUGCACAAUAAAACAGAGGUUGAGAUAAUCCAGACAGAUGGGGAAAUAUGUCUUCCAAGCAGCAAACUGGAAGACAGUACUGCAGCCAAAGAAGUAGGCUCCUCUCUGGAAAUGGUUACAUCUGUGAGUGAAACUGAUGGGAAAAGAGCUUGUGUGGCCAAUCGCUGUACUAAUUUGUUUUAUGAUGGCUGUGAAAAUGUGUUUUUCAGAAUGCCUAUGGAGAAUCCAGAACUACUGGGUAAAUGGGUGCUGGCAAUUCAAAAGAAAUACUGGAAACCCACCUUUUUUUGCAGAAUCUGUAGAGAUCAUUUUACGGAAGAAGAUAUUAUUGCUUGUCCAGAAACACUCGCUCUUAAGCUCCGCAGCAAUGCAGUCCCUUCCAUUUUCCAUGUUAAACGGAAGAAGAGAAGAAAGAAACGGUUGGCUGAACGUAUGGCUGCCAAACUGGGUCAGGAAAAAGAAAGCAUUACUGAGGAUCACACAUAUUCAUCAGCGCAAACCCAAAGUGGCAAAAGGAGAAACUGUUUCAAUUCUACCAUCAACAGUCUUAAGAAAACCGUAAAGACUCUGCAGAGACAAGUACAAAGGCAGCGACAAAGAAUCAGUAGCUUGUAUGAGCUCAUUAAAGAAUUAAGAAAAAGGAACAAGGAGAGCACUAACCAAAUUCCAGUUAAAAGUACUACAUGAACGAGAAGUUGUUCACAAAGACAACCAUUUUAUCCUUUAAUUUUUGCUUUUUUUAUGUGAUAGCCCCUGCAGCAUCUGCAAAUGACCAAUAGGAAUUAACAUACCUAUACCUUAUUGUUUUUCACUGUUUUUCCUUCCUGUUUGAUGGGUUUUUUUUGUCAUCUUUAUGUGGUGAUUUCCAUUUAGACUGUAUUUAUUUAAAUAACAGUAGUGGUC